AUGAACAACCAUGUUUUCGACUCUAGUUCCGGUCGCCAGUACACACUUCAAGAUUCGUUCCGAAAGGACAUGCGCAAACUAUUGGAUUCAGGUGUUGGAAGUGAUGUUUCCUUCAUUAUCAAUGGAGUUUCCCCAGGGAUACCAGCACAUUCGUCGAUUGUCGCUGUCCGCUGCAAAGCCAUUCGAUCGGAGGUCUGCAAGUUUCGAUCGAAGGGCCGAGAUAAUGACAGAGCAGAAACUUCUACUAUGGAGAUUCCUAUCGACUCUGUUUCGUUGCCCAUAUUUAGAAAGGUUUUGGAAUACGUGUACACCGGCACAAUCGCCCUUCAAGCUGCAGAUGUCUAUGAUGUUUGCUCGAUAUCUGCGCAGCUUGGAAUCGGUAGUCUGCAAAGCAUUGUCUUUUCCUACCUUCGAAACGAGGAGAAUGUGCGUCAAAUCGUCACCGUUUUAGAUCGUGCUCUCCAAGACUCGGAACAGAAUCGUUUACUCGUCGUGAGGCUCACAGAGUAUCUGGCCGAAAACUGUUCCAAGUUACUCUGGCGUGCCCCGUAUGAAGAAUUAUCUGUCGACCUUAUGCUGCACAUUAUCAAGCAAGAAAACCUUGGUGCUUCAGAAUAUGAAAUAUGGCAAGCGCUUGUGGAAUGGGGAUGCAUGCAAUGCAGCGUUUCGCCGCCAAAAGCUGUCUCGGCAAUGUCUGAAAGGGAGAAGAAGCGAGUCAGAGAGUGCUUGCAGAGGUUUUGUCGGCCGGGGUACCUGCGCAUUCUAAAUUUCGACACGGAGACUUUCGCUCGCGAGGUAGAGCCGCUUGGAUCAUUUCCACCGGCCGAGAUGCUUUUGAAGUAUCGUUUUGACGCAGUGGCUGGUAACGCCGCCUUCGAGCAUGCCUAUCAUGGAGACCGGUACAGUUUUCUAUUGCGAGUUCGACAGCGAACCGCUUGUUAUGAAUCUACUAGUCAUCCACAUCCGAGAGGUGUGUCUCAAACGUUCAAGGUUCAAAUGCCUCGGUGGGCGACGGAAAUGAAAGUGGUUUUUGAUCCACGGACGGCUCUGGGGCGAUAUUCUGAGCUUGAGUUUUGCACUGACGAAAGGCGCGCGAUGCGGGUGUAUUCGGUGAGGGCUAGUGAAGUGCCAGGGACAAUGUGUCUGCUCUCCGAUGUGGAGACGACGACGCCAUAUUGGGCGCAAUCACGGUUACAGAAUCACGGUGAGAGAUCCGGCGUCUCAGCGCGCGCGUUAGGAGUCGAACCGAUUUACAUUAGCGGGAACAGCUUUUGGUGUACCUUUUACUCUCCGCAGAACGUCGGCGAUUCGGCAUGGGGCUACAAAUUUUUCGUUUCAAUCGCUAGGUAG